UAUACCCGUGUGCGUCUUUCUUUUACUAGCUUCUGAAUGCAUAAGUCAAAAAUUGGUAGGACUAGAAUUCCAACCACCUUACAAGGGAUUACCUUAUUAGGGAUUGCAUUUUAAGGAACUGUGUUGUGUUUCUGUUAUUCACUAAAAGCUGAAUAAUUUCUAUGAGUGUUUAUUUUCUAUGUAUUGCCAAUCAGAGGAUGUUGUAGUGUGAGUCAUCAUCCUCUGAAUGUUAUACAACAAACAGGCAUACGUGAAGAAUAUAUAUACUGGGCAACUUGAGGAACAUGACCAGAUUCACAGACAAAGGCAGUAGAGUUUUGCGACCAAGACUGAAGGGGAAAUGGAGAGCUUCCUUCUCAUGAUUAUGCUCUAUGGAUCAUUUUCAUGUGCCUUGCCCAUUGUCUCAAAAAUGGAACAAAUUACAGAAGAAGAUAUACAGUUUGCCAAGGUAAGAAUUAAUAAUAGACGAAUUAUGCAGUGGAGAGUUGGCUGAUUGGGUAUAGUUAUGCCGUUAGAUGUGUUAACUUACAGCCACUGUAACUUUGAUUGUAAUUAUGGUCUCAGGAAAUUUAUGUUCAGUUUAACCUUCAUGCUUCACUUUAGUCUUUCCAUAAGUCAGUACCCAUUGGCUUCAGUUUCUGUAAAAUGAGUAGAAUAAUAUUUCUCAAAGACCCUUUUCAAAUUGCGAUCAGGACAUGUAAAAGAAUUCCACGAACAACCAAAUCUGUUUUCACUCUCAGAAAUAUCUGGACAGCCACUAUCCUGAGCCAGAGGUAAAACGUGUCUUAAGAAGCACAGAGGAUAAUAUUAUCGGUAACCAAAUAUGGCAGAUGCAGGAAUUCUUUGGCCUGGAAGUGUCAGGCAAGCUGGAUUCAAAAACCUUGGAUGUAAUGAGGGCCCCCAGAUGUGGGGUCCCUGAUAUAGGAGCGUUCAAAACCUUUCCUCUGUCUCCAAAAUGGUCAAAAAAACACCUGACAUACAGCAUCCAAAACUACACAUUACACAUGGAUCAUAACGAUGUAGAUGAGGCUAUUGAGAGAGCUUGGAAAUUGUGGAGUGACGUGACCCCCUUGACCUUCACGAGGGUACCUGGGGACUCUGCAGAUAUACAGAUCUCUUUUGGUUCUAGAAAGCACAGUAACAAUCCCUUUGACCCUCCCUUUGAUGGACCUGAUGGAAAGUUGGGCCAUGCCUUCCCACCUGACAAUGGAGCUUAUGUCCAUUUUGAUGAUGACGAAGACUGGGGAAAGGAUACAAAAGGAAUCAACCUUUUCCAUGUUGCUGCUCAUGAGUUUGGCCAUGCACUAGGUCUUGACCAUUCCAACAAUGAGGAGGGUCUGAUGUAUCCCAUCUACAUACCGGUGGAUCCCACAGAGGUCAGGCUCCACCAAGAUGACAUUGAUGGCAUUCAGUCUCUUUAUGGACCCUCUGAAGAAGGUGAGAGUCAGCUAACAUUCCCCGUAUUGCCAACAAACAUUGCAUCAGAAGAACCUUCAACACAUACGUGUGAUCCUAAUCUGACUUUUGAUUCUGUUACCACUCUCCAAGGGGAAAUGAUAUUCUUUAAAGACAGCUUCAUGUGGUGGAAGGAUCCUGAGAAAACAGAGGCUGAAAAAUACCGUAUUUCUACUUUCUGGCCUGCUUUGGAAGGUGGCAUAGAUGCUGCUUAUGAAGAUGAAGACAAAGACAUCUUAUUUCUUUUUAAAGGACAGAAGUACUGGGCCAUAAAGGCAAAUAUUAUACAGCCGGGUUUCCCAAAGAACAUCCACACCUUCGGAUUCCCCAAAAGUAUUAAGAAAAUUGAUGCUGCUGUUUAUGACAGGAAUAGAAGGAGAACAUUAUUCUUUUCAGGAAAGAAGUACUGGAGAUCUGAAGAAAACAAGAGAUCUGUGGAGAAGGGUUAUCCAAGAACGAUAGCUUCUGACUUCCCUGGAAUUGGCCCCACAGUGGAUGCUGCCUUACAAUAUAAUGGACAUUUCUAUUUGUUCAGUGGCUCAAAUCAAUAUGAAUUUGAUCACAAAUACAAAGGAUUUGCCAGUAUAAAGAAAAGCACCUUCUGGUUGGGCUGCAAAUAAGAUGAAAGGAAUGAAGAAACAAGAACAGUGGUAUCCACCCGCACCUUACCAUACAUCAAUGACAGAGCACCCUGUUGGUUUGUGGCAUUAGUCAGUGGACUGCAUGUUCCUGAACCUCAACAAAAAGCAAGCAUGGACUCCCGUACUUCUGUCAUUCUGCAUUCUGCAUUCUGCCCAAGAGGGCAAUUUUUAAAACAGAUUAGAAAUGUAGUUGAAUUAACAGCUAAGAGGGCCCUUUUAUAACGGAAUAGAUAUCACCUGCUAAUACACUUUAUGUAUUAGUUAUAAUUUACCUGUCCUAGAUAGUUAUUUGUAGCAUUCCCUAAAUCUGUAAUCCUAGUCCUUUUGCAUUGUCCCCUGGUUGCUUUAUGCUGUGUUGUACUGUUUAUAUCUUGUUUCACUGAGAAUGGCAGAC